UUCACCUUGACUGUGUCGAGACGUUAUCCCGCGACGCCCUGGACGAGACUGCAUCAUGGCCCACAAAGCGCCUCUGAUUGUGCCCGCGCUCAAGCGACACACUGCCACGGUGAUUGUUGCUCAUGGACUCGGAGACAGCGGAGCUGGCUGGAUAUUCCUCGCAGAGAACUGGCGCAGGCGAAGCAAGUUUGAGGAAGUCGCCUUCGUCUUUCCAAGCGCUCCCGAUAUCCCAAUCACCCUGAACAUGGGCAUGCGCAUGCCGGGUUGGUACGACAUCAGGUCGCUCACCAAUCUCGACGGGCGCCAGGACGACGAGCCAGGCAUUCUCGAGUCUCAAAAGUACUUUCACUCGCUCAUCGACCAAGAGGUUGCCAAAGGCAUACCCGCGAACCGCAUAGUCAUUGGGGGGUUCUCGCAGGGCGGUGCCAUGUCAAUAUUGUCUGGAGUGACGUAUAAGGAACAACUGGGAGGCAUCUUUGGCCUGAGUUGCUACCUUCUCUUGUCAAAGAAGAUCAAAGACAUGAUCCCAGACAACAACCCGAACCAAAACACACCCAUCUUCAUGGGUCAUGGUGACGCCGAUCAAGUCGUCGCGCAUAAGUGGGGAAAGCUGAGCGCCGAAGAGCUUGAGAAGCAUGGAUACAAGGUCGACUUUAGGACCUACAAGGGCCUCGUUCACAGCGCUGACCCGGACGAAAUCGACCACCUCGAGGCCUACCUCAACCAGCAGAUACCUGCACUAGAUAGCAAGCCGGAGUCGGCUUGACUCUCCCACAAAACCGCCUCGACCGAGUUGACCACGGUACUGGUGAUAGUGGUUACAUUGGUUGUUGCUUGGUUUGCGUGGUAUAGAAAGCGCGACGUACCACAUGCGCACGAACAUGCAGAAUGACACAGGCUGUCUGGAUAGCUUUUGUGCCAAUUGAUAUGAUUUCCAGAGUUGACAGAUGAUAGAGGGCUAUGAAGUGGAUCUCCGGUCGCCUGGCAUCUAACUUCGCUCGUCCAAAUGGAUUCUGGAGUUGUUACUCGGAUUCCCUUGGUCUACGGGCAGUCUGUCAGGUACAAAGAAUAUAUAUUUC